CCGCGCUGUGAUUGGCCCGCCGCUGUCAUGGAGCGGGCGCGCGGUGCGCGUACCACGGAGAGAAGCUUUGCGCGGCCCCGCUCCGUGACAGACAUGGCGGCGGAUCCGAGCCCGGACUGGGUCAGCUCUCUGCCCUGGGCGUGGGGUUACGGGAUCACCGGGGGCGGCCGUGUCUUCUUCAUCAAUGAGGAAGCCAAGAGCACAACCUGGCUGCACCCGGUGACCGGAGAGACGGUGCUGACCGGACACAGGAGGAGCCCAGAUUUGCCCACGGGAUGGGAGGAAGCCUAUACGUUUGAAGGUGCGCGAUACUACAUAAAGCUCUCUCUGGUACUGCGGCACAAGGUGCGUUCUGCCCCCGGCAGGCUCUUGCUGGUACUGCGGCACAAGGUGCGUUCUGCCCCGGCAGGCUCUCGCUGGUACUGCGGCACAAGGCUCUCGCUGGUACUGCGGCACAAGGUGCGUUCUGCCCCCGGCAGGCUCUCGCUGGUACUGCGGCACAAGGUGCGUUCUGCCCCCGGCAGGCUCUCGCUGGUACUGCGGCACAAGGUGCGUUCUGCCCCCGGCAGGCUCUCGCUGGUACUGCGGCACAAGGCUCUCGCUGGUACUGCGGCACAAGGUGCGUUCUGCCCCGGCAGGCUCUCGCUGGUACUGCGGCACAAGGUGCGUUCUGCCCCCGGCAGGCUCUCGCUGGUACUGCGGCACAAGGUGCGUUCUGCCCCCGGCAGGCUCUCGCUGGUACUGCGGCACAAGGUGCGUUCUGCCCCCGGCAGGCUCUCGCUGGUACUGCGGCGCAAGGUGCGUUCUGCCCCCGGCAGGCUCUCGCUGGUACUGCGGCGCAAGGUGCGUUCUGCCCCCGGCAGGCUCUCGCUGGUACUGCGGCGCAAGGUGCGUUCUGCCCCCGGCAGGCUCUCGCUGGUACUGCGGCGCAAGGUGCGUUCUGCCCCCGGCAGGCUCUCGCUGGUACUGCGGCGCAAGGUGCGUUCUGCCCCCGGCAGGCUCUCGCUGGUACUGCGGCGCAAGGUGCGUUCUGCCCCCGGCAGGCUCUCGCUGGUACUGCGGCGCAAGGUGCGUUCUGCCCCCGGCAGGCUCUCGCUGGUACUGCGGCGCAAGGUGCGUUCUGCCCCCGGCAGGCUCUCUCUGGUACUGCGGCGCAAGGUGCGUUCUGCCCCCGGCAGGCUCUCGCUGGUACUGCGGCGCAAGGUGCGUUCUUCCCCCGGCAGGCUCUCGCUGGUACUGCGGCACAAGGUGCGUUCUGCCCCCGGCAGGCUCUCGCUGGUACUGCGGCACAAGGUGCGUUCCUGGCAUCUGUGUAAGGUUUCUGCUGCAGUGUCACGCACGAAUGUUACCAAAGUUGAGGAUUCUGCUCCUCAAGAAAUCAACCAUGUAGGGAACCACAGACUACUGAUCCGGCCGGAGAACAAUAACACCCUGAGAAGUAAGGACAUUAUGAGGAAGGUGGAGGAGAAAGCCGUGCGGGAGGCGGAGAAGUAUGGUUUCCAGAAGGAUGGACAGGAGCGUCCUUUAACCAAGAUAAACAGCGUUAAACAUCAGUCCUAUAUUUAUGACUAUGACGUUCAGUCCGCGCAUUUCAGAUCCAUUCAUGUGAAUGGGCCUGACAACAGAAUACAUGAAAGUCAGCGCCACACCUCUGAGACGGAUUCCGUGGCGCCCCAGCGCACCUUUCCGCCCCACGAGGAUGCAGAUAGAGUUAUACAGAGGACGAAUUCUAUGUUACAGCUGGAGCAGUGGAUAAGAGCGCAGAGAGACAAGGGCCCCGAUGAUGAGAGUAGCGUUGUAAUGUCCUAUCAGACGCUACCCCGGAAUAUGCCCAGUUACCGCGCUCAGAUUGUGCCACGUUACCCAGAGGGAUAUAAAACCUUGCCACGUAACCUGAAGACACGACCGGAGAGUGUCUGUAGCACAGCGGGAAUGAUACCUGCACCCACCGCCACGGAGGAGAAGCGGCGCUCCAUCCGGGACGAUACCAUGUGGCAGCUAUACGAGUGGCAGCAGAGACAGUUCUACAACAAGCAGACGACUCUGCGUCGACACUCCUCUCUGACCAGCCCGAAGACCAUGGUCCAUAUCUCCGACCAGGCCUUACAUUCCAUCCCCCUGUCCCCCUCUCAUGGCUCAAUCUCAGGCUACCACACGUACUCUCCGCAUCGGGCCUACAGGUCAGAGCUGUCUUCUCCAGUACAGAGGGGAGACCUGACCAUUGAUCGGAGGCAGAAGCCUCCGCCCAGUAAGCCCGGCUUUGCUCCUGACAGAAGAUCUGCCCCGGUGGGACUGUCUGUACAACCUCUUACACAGCAGGGUCUUCAAGGCAAAACCCCUGAGGAGCUGACACUCUUAUUAAUCAAACUGCGGAGACAGCAAGCUGAGCUGAGCAGUAUUCGGGAGCACACGCUAACGCAACUCCUGCAUCUAAAGCAGUCCUGCAGCCAAAAGAAUGAGAUUCUCUCACAUCAUCUUCAGAGGAACCUCAUCUAUGUGGAUGACCAGAUGAAAGACAAUGAUCCGUUAAUCAGCAUGGUUCACACUAUGAUUGAGAACUCUGCGCUCAGACCACACCUGUACCAGCAAAUGAGCCAGGAGGACUGCAGGCCGACCGCAUACAAACCCCGGACUGAGGAGGUGGACGUGGAUGCCAAACUGAGCAGUUUAUGUGAACAAGACAAAGUUGUGCAGGCGCUGGAGCAGAAGCUGCAGCAGUUACACAAGGAGAAGUACACCCUGGAACAAGCUCUGCUCUCUGCCAGUCAGGAGAUUGAGAUGAACACAGACAAUCCUGCAGCCAUUCAGAGUGUAGUCCUGCAGAGGGACGAGCUGCAAAAUGGGCUGCUUAGUACAUGCCGAGAGGUGACACGGGCUUCCGCGGAGCUGGAACGAUCCUGGAGAGAAUAUGACAAGUUAGAGCGAGAUGUGACCACUGCCAGAAACCACAUGCGGGAACAUUUAGAGAGACUUGGAGAGGUCCAGACGGAAUCCGCGGGCAUACAGCGGGCACAGAUGCAGAAGGAGAUCUGGCGGAUUCAGGACGUGAUGGAAGGACUGAGUAAACACAAACAGCAGAGAACGUCCACAGAGACAGGUAAUCCAGAGACAAACUUAUUCUCUUCAGUGAAGAACACGAGUGAGGAAGAGGAGCUAGUUCCGCCACGUCCUCCGCUCCCCCGGUCCUAUGACUUUUCCGAUCCAGCUCCCCCACUGCCCCACUUAUCCAGUGAUAGCAGCUCGUCCUUGCUGUGUUAUAGCAAGGGCCCCGUACACCUCCCUGAGGACAAGAGCACUCAUCAUGUCCAAGUGUAUCAAAGAAAUGGAUCCUAUUGUGGGCCAGAUUACAGAUUGUACAAAAGUGAGCCUGAGCUGACCACUGUGGCAGAAGUGGACGAGUCCAAUGGAGAUGACAAGACUGACCUAACGUUGGACAUAGAUGCUACAGGCUCUCACUUCCCUGUGGGAGUUGUACCUCCUAGGAGCAAAUCUCCCCCCAUGGAAUCCACCACAAUAGCUUCUUAUGUCACCUUACGGAAGAACAAGAGAUUGGACACCAAAUCAGAGAGGCCGCGAAGUGCAGUGGAACAUCUCUGUAUAGCAGAGACCCACCGACCGCGCAUGUCACUGAGCGAGCAGCUGGAGAGGAUGCGCAGACAUCAGGCGGCUUGUCUCAAAGAGAAGAAGAAGGUGUUCAGUAUACCGGUGUUUUCCGACCCGUCUACAUCACAGAGCCCUUCCCUUUCUAGGGAAAACUCUGUACAAAAAACACAGCUUCGGAAAAAGGAGGAAAAAGCAUUAGAUAACUUUGAAGACAUUGAGAAUGCUGUGCAUGAAGGCAACACUGAAUCACCAUCUCCAGAGUCCUUUAUAGUGAAGGAUGUGGUCGGAGGGGAGGAAUCUCCUAUAGUCUGUGAUAAGGAGGAGACUUCAGUGAUCGGUACUAUGGAGCCGGGAGAUACGGACAUUUUUGUGAAUUCUGCACCUAUAGCCAAAGAUGUUGGAACAGAAGACCGAGACCCACAGUCCAGUGAUACAGACCGUGUGCCAGAGCCUCAUGGAAACUGCUUGCAGGUUGUGACCUCUGUUCCGAAGCAUAAAUCUGAGGGUGGGCAGAGCGAUGAGAAGACGAGAGAGGCGGAACGGAGCGGGAUUCUCUUCUACGACUUCUCGGCCGAUACUCUUAGAAGGCAGAACGCAUUAGAAGCUGGGAACCGGCCACCUCUGCAGGAAACCCCAUUACCAGCUCCCGCCGCACAAACACAGUUGACAGAAGGGUCUCACUUCAUGUGUGUGUGACGGGGAAACACGUCUUUCUUAUCAUUCCGGACCCUGCAAUGAUGGACGUUCCAUGCUCUAAUUGUUACUGUACAGUUUCUAACCAAAUUCGGAAUCUUGCUGCAAAGUGACCUCAGAUUCCUGCUUGCUGCUACGUCGUUCUUGCACAUGAAGAUUUAAGAGCCAGAACGGGAGAUGGUUCUGCCUGGUGACGGAUGAGCGGUCUUCUCAUCAGAACCUUCAUUUUCUCUCCUUUUUUGUUGAUCACAUUAUCCAGGAUUUUCAUCCCUCACCAAAGUUUCGAAUCACUACAAUAUGUUAUUUUACACAUUAUUUGUAAAAAGAAUAUAUAUUUAUAUUUAAUACGUGCCAUUUUAUUGUUGUAUUUUCCUCAUUUCCUGCUUACUUUGCGACGUCCGCAGUCACUGCCGCCUCAUCUUGUGAAUUUCCAUUUCUGCAUUUUAUAAAACAAUAGAUCUUGCGUUUCUUCCAGGAGCGGAUCUGUCCAGCAAUAACGAGGCUCUUAAUUCUGGUACGAGAGUGUAAAAAUGUAAUUAUUCAUUGUAUAGUCAUUAUCCAUUCCCCCCAUAUGUAAGUAGGACACACCCCAGAGAUUACAUGCAAAUGUUCAUAGCUCAUUUCUUUUAUAACAUGCCAAAUAAAUGUUGAUGUUGUUUAA